AUGCAUGAUUCAAAUCAAAAUGGUAUUAUCAAUGUGAUAGAUACAGCACCACAUGAUAACGAUAAUAAUGAAUCAGCGUCUGAUGCCAUGUUGCGGAUAAAUAAAGUCAAUUCGAUCGCACUUAAAACGUUCGAAGAAUUAAAUCAAUUUUGGGGUAAUAUAAAUCGAAUUUUCCUGCCAUUAGCCCAAUAUAUUGAGCGUGCAUUAUUGUCAUUUCUAUGUAAAAACUUACCACAAAUAUUGGGUAAUUUGACAUCCUCGAAUGUUACAAUAAAUCAAGUGUCUCCCUUACCAGGUGAAUCUAAUCUUCCUCACCAGACGAAUCUAAUUUAUUGA